GUUCCAACCUAAACCUGAAUUAUUCCAAUUUCGUCUUGAUGAAAAUAUAUGGCACGUACACCAAUGAGCUCAACUCUAUGGUCAUGGAUGCCCCAUCACCGGCCAUGGUAAGUAUGUAAGUAUAAUAGCCAUUAGUGUACCUAUCACAAUAAAUAAGAACAGGAAUUACAUACUAUGAUUUUCCUUUCACCUUCAUGAUAAAACCACAAACCAGGUUAUUCCAAGACCUUCCCAGUAACUAAUGGGUUCCAAAAUUGUGAUAUGAUGAUAUCAUCGUGAGCCAUUGUUGAGGCACCUCAGACGGAGAACUGACUGAUUUUGUAUGCGAUAUAUUCCUUCGGUUCUAACUAAUUAGUGGUCGUCUUUUUAACAACUCGACCCAUACAACCUGAAGGAUCUUUUGAUGUAAUAAGGCACGCGCCAAUAAAUAGUAUCAGAGCUCAUAACUGCAUGAAAUAAUGGCAUCAAACCGGCAUUUCGACAUUGUUCUUCUCGGCGCGACGGGAUACACAGGGAAGCUAUGCGCCGAACAUAUUGUUCAGAAUCUUCCCACGAACCUGAAGUGGGCAAUUGCUGGACGGUCUACAGGAAAACUCAGCGCCCUCGCGGAGGAACUGCUCAAAAUUAACCCCGAGCGCAAAGGACCGGAGAUCGUGACUGUGCAACUACAGGCUGCAGAGUUAAAUCAACUUGCUAAACGGACUCGAGUCCUUCUUAACUGUGUCGGGCCGUAUCAUCUGUACUCGACGCCCGUCGUGGAAGCUUGUGCGAACAAUGGCACUCAUUAUCUUGAUGUGACUGGCGAGAUGCCCUGGGUUAAGGAGAUGAUCGAGAAAUAUCAUGAAAAAGCCAAGGAGACGGGGGCAAUAAUAAUAUCAGCAGACGGACUUGAAUGCGCUCCCACAGAUCUAUUGACUUGGGCGCUCGUCAAACAUAUCAAGGAUAAAUUCUCUGUCCACACUAAGGAAGUCAUUAGUUCUAUAUACGAACUGAAAACCGCGGGAGCGAGUGGUGGAACCCUCUCAACCGUCAUAGGCAUGAUGGGUAGUGUGCCUCUGAAGGAACUAUUCAAGGCACAGAACCCAUAUUACCUCUCCGCCAGCCGACCUAAAACACCCUAUUCUCCGCCCCUUCUCCAGAAACUUCUCGGCGUCCGCAUAGUGCCUGAUCUAGGUACGAUGACCAGCUAUGUCACAGAUCAUUGCGACAUCGCCAUCGUUCAUCGCAGCAGCUCCCUAAUGCCAGACCUAUACGGGCCGGACUUCCGCUUCGAAGCUUUCGCGGCCGUUCGCAAUGUCCUAGUCGGAGUCGUCCUGCACCUUUCCGUCAUGUUUGGAAUGCUGGCCCUGACAUUGCCGCCCGUGCGCUGGCUGGUGAGUAAACUCAUCUAUGCACCGGGCGAAGGGCCGGCUAAGAAGAACACUACGGGUAACCGGAUUGAGUAUCGAGCCCUGGCAACUGCCCAACAUAAAUCUCCUGAAGGGAAACCCAUCAAAGUGCUUGGGACGUACAAGACUAAUGGGGAUGCGUAUUGGAUGACGGGAGUGCUGCUUGCAGAGUCGGCUAUGGUUCUGUUGAAGAGUAAGCGGAUUUCACAGGAGGUUAAAGGUGGGUAUUUGACGCCUGCGAUAUUGGGGCAGGAGUACAUUGAUCGGUUGCAGAAGAUUGGGAUUACGAUUGAGACGAAUGUAUUGGAGGGUUGAGGAGAGGACAUUUGUAUGUCGUUCCUUUUUUUCUCUUUUCGAGGAAUCUUCACAGCUCGACUCAUGCCCAGCUAGUAUUGAUAACAUAAUUCGGAGUGCUUUAGGAAGUGGCAUCUUCCGGACUUCUACUGCUUGUUAUCUUUCCUUAUAUAUGCAUAUACAUAUAUGCAUAUUGAUAAAUACAACAUCUGAGGAUCAUAGUAAAUUAUAUGAUAAUUACAUCAGGUUGUGGGGACAGUUUUAUUGUUCUUCGUUUUCUUUAGCACCCGGGCUGUUCCACAAAUUAUCCCUGCUUGUUGACUUCAGAGCUGAAGUUCAACUGAAGGCUCUGGGAUAGGACGGAGUUUCCCAGCUGAAGGCAGCCCCCAUUAAAGGAUAACGAUAUAUGAAGAGCAAGCAUCAUCAACAGAAACCGGGAACGUGCCAAGGAAUAUGUCAGCAUCAGCUAAUCAUAUGGCCGCCUGAGGGUGAAAAGGGAUCAGUCGCUAGCGGAGUCUCCUCUAAGUCCCUCGACAGAGAAGUAUUUAUCUAACACAAUACAAACUAUAGCACACAAAUGCACAAUGGCCGGGUGAAAGCCAACGACCCAAGCAACCACCUGCCGUUACUCGUACCAAUCCACCUCUGAUGAACAUUGCAAGGUGUUUACAAUUUGCUCUUCCCACCAAACACCACCGCCUCCAUCCAUUUGCUAAUGGCCUCAUUACAUUCCGUUGACGCUUGCCAGAGUGCCCAAUGGCCCGCCGUAACCUUCGCCGUGGUGAGGUUAGGCAAAUACUUGCUCAUGUUACGAGAUAGAGCAGGGCGGAGGGCUUCAUCUUGAGUUGCAAGGAUAAACAGGACAGGGAUGUCCAGCUUGCGGCCCAGAAGGCUAAGGUCAUCCUUGUAGUUUUGCUCGCGUGUGCGGUACCAGUUUACUAGUUGAUUUGUCAGGUUUAAUUGUGAAGUUAACAAGGCAGAAAGUUUCAAAGCAGGUAGACUCACAUGGACCGCGAACACCAUUUCUUGCAUACUCAUCGACGUAGUAGUUCAGCUCCUACCAUAAGAUUGUCAGUGAGACAUUACUCUGUCAACUUUAACAAAAAAACAAGAUGUGUGCGCAUAGGUUUACUGGACGAUGCCAAAUAUAAACAAGUUCAAGAUAAGGUGGGAGGCGCAUACCUCUUCACUUAUCACCUUCGACCUCUGCAAGUGCUGGAACUUAUCCAACAAAACCCCGUUAAAUACAUCAAACCCGAACUCACCCGUGGGGGUCCUUCCCCCAUAUAACGAUAGCAAAAAUUGUCUUAUAUCCCUCUUACUCUUAAUUUUCUUCUCUAGGUCCCCGCUGACGAACUGCAACUGAUACCCGAAAUAGGGGAGCCUUGUUUUGAUGAGAGUCUCGAGGGGGAUGUACUCUUUUGUUGGAGGGCUGUAAGGAGUGCAGACUGAAAAGAGGUGGGUAACAAACCCCGGAUGGUACAGGGCAAUGCGAUAUAUGGCAGAUCCGCCCCUGGACCUCAGCGUUAGACAGCUCUAUAGAGACAGAACGCAUAAUGGAUUGACGCUAUAGAGACAGAACGCAUAAUGGAUUGACGAUGCGUGGAGCUGAACAGCUCCUUAAUUAAAAGUCACAGCAGAGCUUUCGAAGACGGCAUUUGAUACCCAUGGCGUGAUCGAAAUUUAAGGGAAUCGUUACGUGUGUUGUACAUACCAAUCGUGCCCUCCAAGGACAAUUUGAGAGGUGCCCAGCUGGCGUGCGAGCUCCUUCAUAUCAUCUGCGCACUGCUUGAAUCCAUAUCGCGCGGCCGAUUCUUCCGAAAACUCUGGAGCUUCCUAGGUUUUAAAGACAAAAAUUUGAGCCAUUUUCCAAUUCCGCAAUCAAUUCCAGCACUGGGAAACCACGGCCUUUUCAGAGAAUAAGGGAAACGUACCGUCCUUCCAUAUCCCAUGCAGUCAGGAGCAACAACUCGAAAGCCCAGCUUUGUCAAGGCAGGAAUCUGGUACCGCCAUCCCAUCGAUAUAUCGGGAAAGCCAUGGAUCUGGGAGGAUUAGCACACGCUGCUUUCUGUUCUAAACUUGCUAUUGAGCUAUGGAUAUCAAAAUAGACAAAAAAGCACACGAGAAAGUGAACCAAAACAAGAGAUAGGAUUGGGAGAUAUUCGUAUCAAGGAGUUGCAAAUGAAAUGUGAUUUCUAUUCAAAAGGGAACACUUGUUCAAGCUCAUAGGCUAUCGCAUAAACUUCAAGAAGGGGUAGAACUAGCUUCUAGGAAGAGGGGAAUUGGAACAUACCAAGAAAACUGUAGCUUUGUACUUCCCCCCUUCGGGCAGACUCAAAAGAUAUCCUGUUCCCGAGUCAGAUCAAGAGCGGGAAAAGGUAACGACACUGAUGUGCAAAGACGUGGUUGGGAAUCAUCUCUGUCUCCUUGCCCUUCCCAUCCGAACAAGGAGAGAGUCUCAGACUAAAUAUUCAUACCGUAAGUUGUUCCAUUUAACACUGCGGUGCAGUGCCGAAUUCUUGAAUCUCCGGUGACAGAUAUUUUGUCCGCCAUGGUGUAGGGAGGGUUCAAAAUAAUGGACAGGAUUGAACCAGUAGCCGCGAUUAAAUUGGGUACUGGAAUUUCUCUGCUAAACCUGUUCAAUCCUAUUGCUAUUGCCAGCUCUCUGGAUUACCUAGAUUAUAUUAUAUGUAUAUGGAAACACUCAGCUUCACGGCGUCCCUGUCCUGA